AUUAAUUAAUCCUCUAGAGUUCAAGUAGGGUCAGAAGAUGCCUUUUGGACAUCAGGUUUGCCUGCUGAGGUGAACAACUGAAUCCAUCUCAAGGUGAACACUCCAGUUCCGCUUGCACAGAUCUGAUUCCCCCUGCAACCUCCCUCGGUGAUCUGCGCUGCAUCUUAUCCAGAGAAGCAAAACAAAGGGAACAGAAAACAACAGGAAGACUCUGCAGAAACUGCCUGCAGAGCCAGUACUGCCCAGAGGUAAACUCUGGAGAAACAGGCACUGCUAGUCUCUGAAAGUCCCAUGGCAGGAUCUGCACCAACAAAGCUGACAUCCAGAGGAAGGUUCUGAAGGGUGAGGAGGUGGGAAGUGAGGCCAAAUCUUUCCAAGAUGCUUGUCAACAUGUACAGAAAGUUACUUACUGGAAUAUUCAAAAGCCCUUAGUUGUAUAGGUUCUGUAAGUGUGCUCUGAUACCUGGGCACUGCAGCAGGUACCAAACACUAUGGCUGUUAGAAUGAGCACUAUCAAUAUGUGAAAGCAGGGUCAAAAUUCCAAAAGCCCAUGUGAAAAAACACCAAGGUAAAAAUACAUUUUUUUUUUAUUUCUACCAGACAGCUCUGUAAAUUCAGGAAUAAGUUUUUGAAGGAAGAUCCAGAAAUAAAUACAUACCUUUAAUAACUGCAUGGGGUGUAACGGGAAGAUUAACAAAUACUUAUAUAUAAUUUUAGUUACUAUAUCCAAAGGAUGAUGCAGAGCAAUCAUUUGUUUUUAUGCUGCUAUUAAGGUUGCUGUCCUGCAUGGGCAGAACCAAGCAGCCAAACCAUUCCCCUUGUCCCAGUCAUGUUGAAGUGGUAGGUUUCUACAAACACACUGUUAUGUUUAGUUAUGCCUGCUGUAGCCUCAUCAAACAUUAGUGCUCACCAUUUCAGCUGCUUCCACUGACAAAGACUUUGAGCUGUUUAAUGCACCUGAUGCUGAUCAUUCCUGCCCGGAGUCAUGGAGAAAUGCAUUCACUAGUCACUGCUUUAUUAACUCCUGGGGCAUUUUGCUAGAGGCAUUCAAUGGGCAGAACAUCUUUCUUUUUGAGAUUAGAAAUGAUGUGAAAUACUUAGGAGUUAUUAACUUUUUAGCUUUAAAUCCGUUUGCUUUGACUUUCUAGAGAUUUGCUUCAGGGUUGGAGAAGAAUGUUUCCAGGUGAGCCUGAUUUGGUUCAGCUAGUUGAGACAGAUGCAGCUCAUUUGGGGGUGGGAGGGAGAAUGGUGAGGGGAGGAUAAAAGGCUUUGGAAGGCACUGUAGAGUCCUUUCUGUGGGGGAAAUUUUCUAGUCUUCUGUCUUGGCUCCUGGUUUUUUCCAUCUUAUUAUGCCAUCACCUAUUCCUCUUAAUUGUUUUCUAUCUUUUGAGUAUUCCCCAUCUGCAGAUUUGCGUCCCUGCAGCAGCCCUUUAGUUAUCCCUGGCAAAGACAGCAAAAGCUUUCUGGGGGGAACUCCUUCCGUCAGGACUCGCCGCUUGCCUCCCCGCCUGGCCUGGUGCUCCAUUGACUGGGAGCAGCUCUGCCUCCUGCAGCCCAUAGGCUCUGGGGGCUUUGGUUCUGUCUACAAAGCCACCUACCAUGGUACAACUGUGGCUGUGAAGCAGGUGAAGAAAAGCAGCAAAAACCGGUUGGCAUCGCGACAGAGCUUCUGGGCUGAGUUGAACGUAGCCUGGCUACAGCAUGAGAACGUGGUACGUGUGGUGGCUGCCAGCACGUGUGCCCCGGCCAGCGAGAACAGCCUGGGCACCAUCAUCAUGGAGUAUGUGGGCAGCAUCACCCUGCACCAUGUGAUUUAUGGCACUGGUGAUGCGUGGAGACAGGGUGAAGAUGACGAAGGAGGAUGUGGAAGGAAGGCUCUGAUCAUGGAAGAGACUGUGUGCUAUUCCUGUGACAUCAUGACUGGCUUAGCCUUUCUCCACUCACAGGACAUUGUGCACUUGGACCUGAAGCCUGCGAACAUCUUCAUCACUGAGCAGGGAGUGUGCAAGAUUGGAGACUUUGGGUGCUCCCAGAAACUGGAGGAGGGCUUGUCUCACAGCUCCCAUGUUUGCCAGCAAGGGGGCACGUACACACACCGUGCCCCUGAGCUCCUCAAGGGGGAGAGGGUCACUGCCAAAGCAGACAUCUACUCGUUUGCCAUCACCCUCUGGCAAAUCAUCAUGCGGGAGCAGCCCUACCUGGGAGAGCGGCAGCACGUGCUCUAUGCUGUGGUAGCCUACAACUUACGCCCUUCGCUGGCUGCUGCUGUUUUCCACGAGUCACCACAGGGCCAGAGACUCCAGAGUAUUAUUAGCUGCUGCUGGAAGGCAAACGUAGAGGAGCGCCUGAGUGCAGCCCAGCUGCUUCCCAGGCUCAGGGCCCUCAAACAGAGCCUCUAGGAAAACUCUGGACACUUUAAAUUUGUUUUGUCAAGUUUUCUUUUCCUUAACCCUUCCUCUGAACAUAAUUAAUUUAGCCCCUGUGUGUUCUAAAGGUUUUGUUGCUGUUUUUUUUUUUUUGAAAAAAAAAAAAAAAGGAAAAAACCAAACUGUUUUGAUAUCAGAAGACUGUAAAUAAAGAGAUUUAAUAAAACUGUGGGAUUUUACCUUUAGAGGGGAUAGAUGCAAGGAUCAAGACACUGGCAGAUAAAACUUCUUCCAGCUGAUCUGUUGUGUGCUCUCUUGCUCAGGGAGAAACUGGGGAAUGUGAUGUGCAAAAAAAUAGUUGGUUUUAAGUAAGUGAAGUACAAAAAAAGGGGCUGAGGAGCUGCUUUUGCAAGAUUCUUUAUACAUAAUACCUUUUGGUAUUUUCAAAAUGUCAGAUAUGAGUAGUUCUUUCACUAGCUAAGGUUGUGCAUUUGAGCUUUUCCUCUCCAUUUACCAAGGAAUGAGUAUGUAUCGCAAAUCAAUGAACGCAGAAAAAUAAAUAUGGAGUGUCAGUGGGUUUUUUUUCCCUUGUUCUUGGAUGUACUUAAUUCCAGUAAGUAUGCUGCUUUUGAUAAGGAAAAUGUUAACUGCCCAUAUACUUCUUGAAAUAAGGAAACUUUUUGCCAGUCUAAGGCUAUUAAGAGUAAGAAGAUACAUUAACAACCUGCACUUUUAUAAGACCUCCCUGCUACGAGGGAGGCGUUAAUUGCAACUUGCUAGUUGGGACACUGUAAACUUUAAUAUUUGAAGCAUUAUAAGAGCAUCUUGUGCAGAGUAGAAAGCUAACAGGUUUUUGAGGUACGGGGGAGUUAGAAAAAUAAAAAAAAGAGGGGGAAAAGAUUAAUGGUAAAGGGAGGACUAUUUGUGCUUCAUAAUGCAUGGGUCAGUAUUAGACAAGAUACUGGAAGUACUGAAAAGGAAGUUUGCUUAAAGCAGUAAUAAUGAUACUCUGCUAGUACUCAAAGUGUUUGCUAUUGAACUAUUCUCUGCACUGCUUAUGUCUUAUCUACUAUCUUUCCUAAUCUGGCUGUAAUGUGUCUGGGAAAGGAAGUGCUGUAGGCAAUGCAGAUGACAAAAAGCUCUGAUCCAUGAUUUAUCAGAACUGAUAAUUGUACAUCUGAGCCCUUAUCAGAGGCAAACUGCUGUAGCUGAUAUUUGCCAUUCUGCUCAAAGACUCUGCUUCGUUUUAAGACAGGAGAAAGAGUGAUGUUUCAGUCAAAUUGUUUUUCUUCUUUACCCUUCCUCCCCUUUGCUUCCAUUCUGGAAAAAAAAUCCCAAAGGAAUUGAGCCAGUUUCCUGAUUUCUGACACACAUCUGUUCUUAGCCCCGUGAAAUCCUGGAAAUGAGCAACUAUGUGAAUUUGAGAUGAUUCUGUAGGUCUUUAUGGUAUUUGGGUUGGUAAUUGAAAUUAAUGGUUUAUAAAGCAUAUCUAAGCUUAACUAUUUCUUGGUCUUCCAUCCCCGUUGAGUGGAACUGUAAAAUGCUGGCUGGAAUCAAAAAACCUAAGGUGAAUCCUGGAAAAUAUUUUCCAUGUUUUCUCUGUCAAAAUAAUUAUGCUACAGAACCAGAACUUUUUUUGUGUGUGUUGCAUAACUUAUUUUAAUAAAGAAUUUAUCUUAAAGUUAUCAUAAUAAGUCAGUUACCUUUUGAAAUGAUUAGCUGAGGGCAUCUAGAGAUAAAAUAUUAGAUAAAGCCAUUGACAUGCCUGAUCUUAACAUUAAGCCUUACAUAAAAGUGCUUCUCCAGUUUUCAAAAGUAUAUAAUAAAAAAUGGAGUUGAAGUUUGUUAGGAGUUCCUAGAUGCUUAUGUGUUAUAUUUAUUUUGCCAACCUAGGUAACUUGUUCCUUAUACUGCUAGAAAACUGCUAUUUUUUCUUUAAUGAUCCUUCAGCAUCAACAAGUGCUACUUGAGUCUCUGUGAAAAAUCAAGCACCCUUCAACUUCUCUGUUGUACUUGACAGAAUGAUACUGGAUGUUCAAGACCUACUCUUGAAGUAUAAUCAGCUCUGCAGGUGUCUCUGUCAAUUUUUCAGGAUUCUUUUCUGAUAGCGAGAGAGAGAGAACUCUGCACAGCAUUCAAGAUAUAGGCACAUCAUACUCUGCUGUAAUAAUGGUGGUCUCUAGUAACUUCUAAGGUUUGAUUUGUUUUGAGGGUUUUUUGAUUGCUAUUGAGCUCUGAGUUAAUACUAAUCAAGAAACAUCUCAACCCUAAUAGCUCAGAGUCCCUGGUUCUAUGUGAUGGGGAUAAUUUUACCUUUUGCUUCGCUUU